CAGCAGCAGAGCGAGCACGCACACAACGCUCUGGCUGACGCCGACCCAGCGUUCCACGCACCGCCGCAGCACGCACACACGGCCAGCCCGGUCGGCCGCUCGCUCGCACUUAACCCCUCCACCUCACCUAGGCUGCCGCACCCGCAUGGGGGACCACCGCCACGCCGCGGGGGAUCAGCUGCGGCCGCCGGAGCCGCCGCUCGACCCGCUCGAGUUCCUCUCCCGCUCCUGGAGCGCCUCCGCCGUCGACGCCGUCCCCCGCCCGCCGCGGUGCGCGCCCCCCGCGCUCGCCUCCUCGGUUGGCCCCAUCGCGGAGGACGCCGCCUGCGAGGCCGCCGCCGACGACGGGGGGCCCUCCUCCUUCGCCGCGGCGGGGAGCUCUUUCUCCUUCGCCUCCGCGGCCACCUCGCACCUUAUCAUGGAGCGGAUCCUCGCGCAGGCGCAGGAAGUGGCGCCGCUCACCUCCGGCCGGCUCUCGCACAGCAGCGGCCCUCUCACCGGCGGCGGCUCCCUCACCGACAGCCCGCCGGUCUCGCCGGAGAUCGAUGACGCAAAGUACUGCAGAGCGGCAAGCACACCGAAGCCUCAGAUGUAUCGAGGUGCCAACAAGACUGUUGGUCGGUGGCUCAAGGACAGAAAGGAGAAGAAGAAAGAGGAGACACGAGCGCACAAUGCUCAGGUCCACGCUGCUGUUUCGGUUGCAGCCGUGGCUGCCGCGGUUGCGGCCGUGGCUGCUGCAACAGCCGCGGCCUCCGGUUCCGGUAAGGAUGACCGUGCUGCCCGCACCGACAUGGCGAUGGCGUCUGCAGCAACGCUUGUGGCCGCGCAAUGCGUCGAGGCGGCAGAGUCCAUGGGCGCUGAGCGAGAGCACUUGGAAGCCGUUAUUGGCUCCGCGGUGAACGUCAGGACGCCUGGAGACAUUGUUACUGUCACAGCUGCUGCUGCUACUGCAUUGAGAGGUGCUGCCACAUUGAAAGCGAGGGCCUUGAAGGAGGUGUGGAACAUAGCGGCGGUGAUCCCUGUAGAGAAGGGCACAAUGGGAGGAGGGCACCAUCACAAGCAGAAUGCGCAGAAGCAGCACCGCAAGCUGGAGAGCAACGGCAGUAGUAUAAGCGAUGAUCUUUCGCUCGAAGAGGAGAACAACUUCUUGGGCAUCUGUAGCCAAGAACUGCUUGCACGCGGCACCGAGCUCCUCAAACGCACUCGGAAAGGUGCUUUGCAUUGGAAGGUUGUAUCAGUGUACAUAAAUCGAACGGGCCUGGUCAUGCUCAAAAUGAAAAGCCGGCAUGUCGCUGGGACAAUCACCAAGAAGAAGAAAAAUGUGGUGAUAGAUGUCUGCAAGGACGUGGUGGCAUGGCCAGGCCGGCACCUGCUGGAGGACGGCGAGCACCGCCGCUACUUCGGCCUCAGGACGGCGGAGCACCGGGUGAUCGAGUUCGAAUGCACCAGCCAGAGGGAGUACGAGAUGUGGACGAAAGGCGUGGCGCGCCUCCUCUGCAUCGCCAGCGAGAGGAAGCGCGCCAUGUGAGCAUAACUACUAGCAAAAAUGCCCGUGCGUUGCACCCCGACCAGACCAGACCAGACCAGCGUCUGGCCCGAUCCAUCCAACCAUCUGUUUGCUAGGCUGUAGAUUGGGAAGCGAGAGGCAGGCACGGCUGCAUGGGCCUGAGGUGCACAUACCUUCUUGUCCCACCGGGAAUUAUGUAGCUAGGGGCUCCUUCUUCCUCCUGUUGCUGUUAGGGCAGGAAAAGAAUUUGAAUUAAAGCUGGGCAGGCUGUGUGUUGUGAGCAUGUGGGGAGUGCAACGCAUGGGGUGCCAUCCCUCUGAAAAAUCCUCUGGUGGUGUAGGAAGAAGAGCCAAGGGAGGAGCUUUCUCUGCUCUUUCUCUUUUGCCAAUUAUUCUGCAUAAAAAUCAUGUAAGUUUUGCUUCUUCUUUUUUUUCCCUCUCUCUCUCUCUAUCUCAUUUUGGGGGUGUGGCUAUAGUAGUAUACAGACAUAUGUCUAUCUGGAGCAGUGGCAGGAUAAGAGAAAUGGUUUCUUCUGUUAGUGAGUAACCGAGUAUUUUCAGUGAAGCACCUGUCUCAUUACUUCCCUUCCUGAUUGCCCAUUCUGUUCAUGUGUUACAUAUUGUUUGAUAAAGCAUCUACAAUUUGCUUGUUCCUGUUGCUGAUAAACAAGAUCCAGCUAUGUAAGUACUGGGUGCCUCUUGAUGAUUGGUCCCUAAAGCACUGUUACUAGUUGUGACAGUUGUAGUGUUCCGGUGAGCAAAGCUAAUAAUAUAGCCAACAAGCUGUCUAUAAGAUUUCUUAUAGAUAAUUCUUA